AUGGCACAGAACGGAACCCCAGAGAACGGAGUGGCUGAAGAUAUCCCAGCUUUACCUGCCCCUGUCACAGCUCAGGAGAUCAGACACACUAAGAUCUUUAUCGGCAAUGAAUGGCACUCAUCUAGCAGUGGAAGGACUUUUCCAACUUUCAACCCGGCGACAGGUGUCAAAAUAUGUGAUGUGGAAGAAGCAGACAAGACAGAUGUGGACAAGGCGGUGCAGGCGGCCAAGGCGGCCCAGCAGAGGAGCUCUCCGUGGCGGAGGAUGGAUGCGUCCAGCCGGGGAAGGCUGCUGCACGCACUGGCCGACCUGAUGGAGAGGGACCGGCGGCUGCUGGCGACUCUGGAGACCCUGGACACAGGGAAGCCCUUCCUGCAGUCUUUUUUUGUUGACCUGGACGGCAGUAUCAAAACUCUGCGUUACUACGCAGGCUGGGCCGACAAGAUCCACGGCAAGAGUCUGCCUGUAGAUGAAAGCUUCCUGUGUUUAACCAAACAUGAGCCUGUUGGAGUGUGUGGAGCAAUCAUUCCGUGGAACUUUCCUCUACUGAUGUUCAUGUGGAAGAUGGCGCCAGCCCUGAGCUGUGGAAACACUGUGGUCAUCAAGCCAGCGGAGCAGACCCCCCUCACAGCCCUCCACGUUGGAUCACUUGUCAAAGAGGCAGGGUUCCCUCCGGGAGUUGUGAACAUCGUUCCAGGCUUCGGUCCAACAGCAGGGGCAGCCAUCGCCAGCCACAUGGACAUCGACAAAGUGGCCUUCACUGGCUCUACAGAGGUUGGCCAGCUGAUCAAACAAGCAUCUGCCAAAAGCAAUCUGAAGAGAGUGACUCUGGAGCUGGGGGGGAAGAACCCAUGCAUUGUGUUUGCUGACUGUGACUUGAAGCUGGCUGUGGAGGAAACCCAGAAAGGAGCUUUAUAUAACCAGGGUCAGUGCUGCACAGCUGCAUCACGUGUCUUUGUGGAAGAGAGUAUUUAUGAGGAAUUUGUGCAUCGCAGCGUAGAAAAUGCCAAGAAGAUUGUCAUAGGAGACCCGCUGGACCCCCAGACAUCACACGGGCCACAGAUUGACCGAAAGCAGUUUAACAAGAUUAUGGAUCUGAUAAAGAGUGGGAAGGAGGAGGGAGCUAAGCUGCAGUAUGGAGGAGCAGCUUUGGGCGAGCACAGCCUCUUCAUUCAGCCCACCAUCUUCUCUGAGGUCAAAGACCACAUGCGAAUUGCCAAGGAAGAGAUCUUUGGUCCAGUGCAGUGCAUCUUCAGCUUUAAGAGCCAGCAGGAGGCCAUAGAGCGGGCCAACAGCUCCCGGUAUGGCCUGGUGUCCGCAGUGUUCACAGCCAGCAUAGACAGAGCUCUGUCUGUGUCUGCAGCCCUGGAGACUGGCACUGUCUGGAUAAACUGCUAUAACGCCCUUCAUGUCCAGACUCCCUUUGGAGGGUAUAAGAUGUCAGGCAAUGGACGAGAGCUGGGAGAGUAUGCUCUGGCUGAGUACUCAGAGGUGAAAGCAGUGACCAUCAAAUUAAGAGAAACUCUGUGAGAAGGACUACACUACACACCUCUGUCUUCACUCAUGCUGCUGAGGCUGAGUUUAGGAAUAGAUCAGUUGGUCUGAACACUAUGUCAGAUCCCAGAAGAUUGAUGUUUGUUCACCUUUUCUUGUAAAUGCUGUAGGUGAAGAAAUACUUUUACUCAACAGUUUCAGUAAUGUCAGUAUAAAAAGCCAUUCUUUUUAAAAACAAAUAUUCAUAUUUAAAAAAAAUACAAAAGCACUGAAACGAUGAUUGGAUAAAAAAAUGUUUUUGCUUUAUGGGCCAUUUUUAGAGCUUUCUGCCCUCAUGAAUAGAAGACAUUACCUACAUGUUUAAAGUAAAGGUGAUCUCUGGUCUUUGGUGUCACAUGUGAAUCCUCUUUCUCCUCUGUUUGUCCACUGACUCCUCCGUCGUCUACUGACUCCCAGUCGUCCACUGUCUUGUAAGGACACUUGCAAAGCAUCAAUUCAUGGUUUUUCCUAACCGGUAUCAGUAUGUAGUUAUUUCUGCAUCAUUUUGAAACGUGUAUGACAGUUAAAUUAGGGGGAAAUAUGUUCAUGUUGUUGUUGUUGGUAUCUUUAUAUGUGUAGUAAGAGCCAGUGAGCAACGUAGCCUACUCAUAAUAAUAAUAAUAAAGCUGUUAACACGCGAUAAAAUAAUUAUAAUAAUAAUUGUCGGCGUUAAUUAAUAAAGCGUUAACUUGCCCAGCCCUAGUUUUAAUACAUCCUGCUUAGGUUAUGAUUAUUGUAUGACAAGCUUUUGUAGUUUAAUACAGAUGAACAUAAAGCCUUAGUGUUCAAUUUAUUCUGUUGUCGGAAAUGUGUUUGAAUAGAAUAAAAGAACGUGUGGCAAAAUG